CGUCCCGUCCCUGAGCAGUGAGCUGGCCACGGCACAUAUUUCUCCUCUCUGGUCGGAUCUGAUCUUUUCUCCAGCGGAGUUCUUUCUUGUUUUUUUUCCACGCCCAGCAGAUAUCGGAGUAUAGUGUAGUGAUCUGUUUGGUGCGUAAUAGUGCGCAAAACCAUUGCUAGGCUGCGCCUCCGCGGCAAUGGAUUGAUCUCAGUGUGGUGUUUUUUUUUUUUUUUUCCUUUUUACGACCUCUGCUUCGACCAAGUUAAGAAAACAGUCUCCAACCUGCGGCUCUCUCCUUCCAGCUGCAUGUUUCACCAGAGGAGCUCUAGAAGUACCUGGAUCUGGAUGUUUCUGCACAUUUUAGGACUUUGAACUUUUGUUUUACCCUCCUUGGUGCGUUUUCAGGAGGUUUGCCUGGGAUUCUAAGGAUUUAUUUUUGGGGGCUUUUGAACAUCUUCUCCGGGGUUCCCGAGGUGUGCGGAGAUUUAUUUGUGAAAAGUGAUGGCCGAGCGGGGAGCUCUGUCGCUCCUCUCUUUCCUCUGUCUCACCUUUCUCUACGCGGAGAGCACCGCAGCAAAGCAUGUCGACAAAGGCUCAGCAGCGCAGCCCUUCAGCCCCUUCUGGUUCACGGUGGAGCCCCAGGACACGCAGGCCAUCCGGGGCAACUUUGCGCUGCUCAACUGCUCGGUGCGCAGCGACGCGGCCACGCCGGCUCGCGUCGAGUGGAAGAAGGACGGCACCUUCCUGAGCCUGCUUUCGGAUGAGAGGCGACGCAUACUUCCGGACGGCUCGCUGUUCUUCACCCACGUGGUCCACUCGAAGCACAACAAGCCGGACGAGGGCACCUAUCAGUGUGUGGCCACUAUCGAAAACCUGGGCUCCAUUUCCAGCCACACAGCGCGCCUCACUGUGGCAGGUAUUCCAAGGAUCGUCAGCCAGCCAUCGCCCACCUCCGUUCAUAUCAGGGACAGUCAGGUCAUGGCAUGUGAGGUUAACUUUGACCUGGUGCCUUUCACGCACUGGGAAAAAGACAAGGAAGCGUUGGAGCUGAGCAACAGGUUGAUCCAGCUGCCCAGCGGGGCCCUUGUUAUCAGCAACGCCUCGGAGACCGACGCUGGUCUCUAUCGCUGUGUCGUUGAAAACGUAGGUUCCUCCAAGUCAAGUGACGAGGCCUCGCUGCAGACGAUACCAGAAACUGGAGGAGAGAGGAAGCUGGAGUUCCUGGUGCAGCCUGCUUCUGUGGCCAAGCUGUUGGGUUCUGGCGUGUUGCUGCCAUGUGUGGUCUCAGGUUAUCCUGCACCUCACAUCCGCUGGAUGUUUGGAGAAAAAGUGCUGGAAGAAAGUGAUGGUCGUGUAGAAGUGGUGGGAGGCGGCAGCCUUCAGAUUUCCAACAUCACGGAGGAAGACGCCGGCAUAUACACCUGUGUGGCCGAAAACUUCAACACCACCAUCGAAGCCCAGGCCCAGCUCACAGUUCAAGUUCCUCCCCAGUUUGUGAAACGACCAGUUAACAUUUACGCCCAUGAGUCCAUGGACAUCGUCUUUGAGUGUGAAGUUUCAGGCUCACCUGCUCCCACUGUCAAGUGGGUCAAGAAUGGAGACGCUGUCAUCCCCAGUGACUACUUCAAAAUAAUUAAGGAGCACAACCUGCAGGUUCUGGGUCUGGUCACGUCCGAUGAAGGUUUCUACCAGUGUCUGGCGGAAAACGAUGCCGGCAACAUCCAGUCAAGCGCGCAGCUCAUCAUUUUGGAUCACGACGUAGCCCUGCCCGCCUUCCCUCCCCCCUCACUGACUCCUAACACUACUGACCAUGUAACAGCAGGCUUUGGAGGCAUAGCCGCUCCGGCGGGGCCCACCCCUUCUGCGCCACGAGACGUCGUGGCGUCCCUGGUCUCCACCCGCUUCAUCAAGCUGACCUGGCGCCAGCCAGCCGAGCCGCACGGAGACGACUUGACCUACUCGGUUUUCUACAACCAGGACGGCACCAGCAGGGAGCGUGUGGUGAACACAAGCCGACCGGGAGAGAUGCAAGUCACCAUCCAGAAUCUCAUGCCAGACACCAAGUAUCGCUUCAGAGUCGUGGCUCACAACAGCAACGGGCAAGGCGAGAGCUCUGCAGCGCUCAAAGUGGCCACCCAAGCAGAAGUACAAGUGCCGGGUCCAGCUCCCAACCUGCAGACGGUGUCCAACACUCCGACCUCUGUCUCCCUCAGCUGGGAUAAACCCCUAACAGGCAAUGGAGAGAUCCUCUCCUACAAGCUGUACUACACAGACAGAAGUGUUGGUACCGAAGAGGAUGUCGACAUAGAUGGUCAGUCGUACACCAUGGCGGGACUGAAGAAGAACACAGAGUACAGCUUCCGUGUGGUGGCCAACAACAAGCACGGCCCAGGGGUCUCCACGGAGGACGUCAUUGUUCGGACACUUUCUGACGUUCCAAGCGCCCCUCCUCAAAAUCUCACCUUGGAGGUCCAGAACUCAAAGAGUAUCAUGGUUCGGUGGCAGCCGCCUCCGCUGAGUGGCCAGAAUGGGGAAAUCACCAGCUACAAGAUACGUUACCGGAAAGUUUCCCGGAGGAGUGAAUCAGCUGUGACCACUGCAGGGACUGAGCUUUUCAAGCUAAUUGAUGGUUUGGAGCCUGGAACAGAGUACUCCUUUCGAGUGUCAGCUGUGACAGUAAACGGGACUGGACCGGCCACCGAGUGGUACCCAACAGAGACGUUUGAGAGCGACCUGGAUGAAUCUCGCGUACCGGACCAACCCAGCUCGCUGCAUGUCCGCUCGCUGGUCAAUAGCAUCGUGGUGAGCUGGACGCCGCCAGAGAACCAGGACAUCGUGGUGCGUGGCUACACCAUCAGCUACGGCAUCGGAAGUCCCCAUGCUCAGACCAUCAAAGUGGACUACAAGCAGCGCUACUACACUAUUGAGAACCUCAACUCCGGCUCCCAUUAUGUGAUCACGCUGAAGGCCUUCAACAACGUGGGGGAGGGGAUUCCCGUGUAUGAGAGUGCAGCCACCAGAGUGCAGUCAGACCCCAUAGACCCCGAUGUUGACUUGUACGAACUGUUCCAUGCCCCAUUCACCCCAGCGCCAGACCCCAGCCCCAUGAUGCCUCCCGUGGGCGUGCAGGCCUCCGUGCUGGGCCACGACGCCAUCAAGGUGACGUGGGCCGACAACUCGCUACCUAAGAACCAGAAGAUCACUGAUAAUCGCCACUACACCGUGCGAUGGAAGACCAACAUCCCUGCCAACACUAAAGUGAAGAUGGCCAACAGCACCAGCCUGAGCCACGUAGUGCAAGGUCUGAAGCCCAACACGCUGUACGAGUUCUCCGUCAUGGUGACCAAGGGUCGCCGCUCCAGCACGUGGAGCAUGACAGCUCAAGGAACCACCUUUGAGACCAUCCCCAGCUCCGCCCCAAAAGAUGUGACAGUGGUGAGCAAAGAGAACAAACCUCGCACCAUAAUUGUCAACUGGCAGCCUCCCUCUGAAGCCAAUGGAAAAAUUACAGGUUACAUUAUCUACUACAGCACCGACGUAAAUGCUGUGGUCCACGACUGGGUCAUUGAACCGGUGGUGGGUAACCGCCUCACCCACCAGAUCCAGGAGCUGACCCUGGACACCACCUAUUACUUCAAGAUCCAGGCCAGAAACUCGAAGGGAAUGGGGCCCAUGUCAGAAGCCGUUCAGUUCAGAACUCCCAAGACUGAGUCCUCUGACAAAAUGGCUAAUGACCAAGCUUCAAAUCUCCUACCAAAGGCAGGACCUCCAGUCAACUCUUAUCCAGAAGAUGCUCGAAAUACAGUUGGUAAAACAGGUGUUGGAGCUGAAAAUCCCAUCCUUAUCAUUGUCAUCAUAAUCGCAGUAGGAGUCUUCACUAUCAUAUUGGUUGUAGUAGGAGCCUUACUGUGCACACGGCGCAGCACAUCCCACCAGAAAAAAAAGCGGGCUGCCUCAAAGUCCUCAAACGGCUCCCACAAGUACAAGGGAAACUCCAAAGACCUGAAGCCACCUGAUCUCUGGAUUCACCACGAGAGGCUGGAGCUGAAGCCCAUGGACAAGUCGCCAGAUCCCAACCCCGUGAUGACCGAGACGCCCAUCCCUCGCACCUCGCAGGACAUCACGCCCGCCGACAGCGGCCUAGAGAGCAACCCCCACCUGCAGCAGAGGCGCAACUCUUACCGAGGCCACGAAUCAGACGACAGCAUGUCCACACUAGCAGGCCGCCGAGGGAUGAGGCCUAAAAUGAUGAUGCCUUUUGACGCACAGCCACCCCAGCCUGUGAUUAGUGCUCACCCCAUCCAUUCCCUCGAUAACCAUCAUCACUUUUAUCACAUGGGCAGCCUGGUAUCACCGACAUGCAGCUACCUCUACCAUCAAGGCAGCGGGCACCCUCACCCGCACGCCUGCGCCACCUCCAUCUCCCAUCUAGAAAGGGUGGACUCUUCAGAAUCUGUGAGGAACACCCCCAGUUCGGAGCCCCUCCCUCCACCUACCGCCUCCUCCCAGGUCUCCUGCCCCUCCGAGAUCAUGGCUGACCCUGAGGGCAGCUACCACGGCUCCACCACCACUGAGGAAGAGCCCAGCUACUCCAGCAACCUUCCCCCACACCGCCCAGCCCACCCGCAUGCCCACGCCCACCCCCUGAAGAGCUUUGCUGUACCUGCAAUCCCAGUCUCCGGCCAUCCAUCAUACGAGCACCCCUCCCUGCCCAACAUGCCCCUGCUUGCUCAGACUGGGCCUCCAACUCACCCUCACAUUGUAAAAACAGCCUGCAUUGGAACACUAGGAAGGACACGCACUCCAAUGAUAGUCACAGUGCCCAACGCCCCCGACGUACCAGAGACGAGCAAAAUGCUGGAGGAUGUAGACAGCAGCUACGAGCCCGACGAGCUGACCGAAGAGAUGGCGCAUCUCGAGGGCCUAAUGAAAGACCUGAACGCCAUCACAACAGCGCCAUGACCAUGCACUCGCUCGGAGAGACACACACUCUCUCUCUCUCACUCACUCACUCACACACACACACACACACACACUAACACACACACAUAUAUUCAGAAAAGCCACACAAUUUUCACAGGCAAACUGUGGACAUGUAACGGCCUCUGGGGCCCAAAAGAGACAACGAACCUCCAGACUUAAAUCUAGGAACUUCUUCCCGGCUCACCUUGCUCAGUCUCAGACAGGAGAUCACCAUGAGGAGGAAGAUAAUGGAGACGCUUCAUGUUUAUAUGAAGAACAAAUCUCAGAGACAAUGAACUUUUAAGCACUGGUUGCUUUCAGCCGGACGAUUGUGAAUCUUAUCUUUUUCCUCCAGCAAAAAACCCGCCGCAGACAGUCGACUCAACGUGACGUGAAGAGGAGGAAGAUCAUAAACAUGCUGGUUUUUGAUGCUGCUGCAUGUGCAGCGCUGACUACAACACAGUAUUUGAUCAGUGUUUUCUUUGUGCGUUUUGUAUAUCUAUUGGGCCGUUUCAGUGAAGUGAGCAUCGGAUGUCAGCUCCUCCCUUUACUAUAUAUUUUUUCUUUUUGUUUUUUUUUACAAAACUACAAUAUUUUAUUUCUAUUUUGCUUUUUACCCUCUUGUGUUAUAUACUGUGCCAUGACCUAUUAUUUUCAAUGUUAUUUUAUUUUUUACAUGCAUAUCCUUACGAAUAUGUACAUACAUGUUGUUUUUAAACUGCCUCAUUCUUUCCAUAUUUUCCCAUUGUUUCAUUAUUAUUAUUAUUAUUAUUAUUAUUAUUAUUACUUGUGAUUUAAAUUGAGUCCUGAAGCUCAGUUUUCAUAUCAGCAGAGGAGUGAAGCCUGAUUGGGUUUCUACAGGAACUUUCUCCCCUGGCAUCGUGUCGUCCACUUCGUACACUAAAAUGCUCUUUGGCCUUUCUGUUUGUCGUGGGGGCUCCGUUUUAAAAGCCUUACCAACGUGUUUGUACGUCAGACCAUGGAGAAGACUCGCCGUUAAUUCGCCCCUUGCUUCCAUGAGAGCUUGUGGAUCAUUCUGUGGGACUUUGAGAGCAGCUCCACGCCGGUCAGAGUUACCGCGGACUCAGGGUGCUGACCCACCUCCUACCACCUGACAGCUCUCCUAAAAAGAAGAAAGCAGUCAUUCAAUCAUACAGCAGCAAAUGAAAAGUUAUCUUUUAUACAACAAGUUUGGUCGUAUGUGUGCGUUUCCCCCCACAAAAAUGAAAAAAGACAUUUCUUCAGCUGAAAUACUUGGGCAUUUUUUGAUGUUUGUUUUUUUCUGUUCCUCUUCAUCAAUUGCCACACUGUGGUUCUGAUACAAACAUUAGAAAAUGCAAAGAUGUUAGCCUUUUGAAAGGGAUUCCCAGAUUUUUUUUUAUAUAUAUAUGGUAGGUUUUGUAAGAAGAAAAAUAAAAAGAAGCUUGUUCUCAACACAAAUCUGCUGUAAAAAACAGAAGAAAAAUAGGUCUGCCUCGGAGGCUAGUUUUUCAUUACCCUCUUACCCAAAGAAAUGUUGUCAUUUGCAAUCAUAGUAAUUUCCUCUACUUUUUGUGAAUACCAUGUUUUGCAUAAAUGUGCAUCGUCAUGAAUGUCAGUAUAACUGUAAGAGAUUUUAACUUUGGAGACAAACGAGGAGCGCGUUUCGAAGGAAACGGGGAGAAAAAGGAGCGGACACCGUUUGGGAAACGAUCUGUUGAGUUGUAAACAGUUGAACCUGUAUUGCACUUUUUCACAAUUUUUGGAAAGUACAUUUCUUACAUAUCUUGUGUUUUGAAUAUCAGAAGCCGUUUGUGUAACGUAGUGUCCUAGGUAAGCAGCAGGCAGCUGGUCUUUUUUUUUUUUUUUUUGUUUUUUUUUUUUUUUUGCUUCAGAGAUGAUAUGAAAUGAGCGACUGAGUUGUUUGACUUGGCGGCUCGUGAUGAGGAAUUCGGCUGUUCUGUUUGUUCAUGUACAGAGCUUUUUUGCUUUCUGUAGAAGAAGAAGAAAAAUCUGUGGCUUUUUUUAAAAAAAAUGUCAAAAAAUUUCUGGACAAAAAUGGUUUUUUUAUUGGUGCUCCUAUACAUUGUGUAUACAAGCUAUUAAGAAUACUAACAAAGUAAA